CAACCAUAUGCAGCCGUGCUCUCAUGCAAGCAAGCAAUGCAAUUUAGAUUUUUAACCAGUGCCGUAUGGCUGGGUUCACUGCUAACAGGCUGCAAUGCUGCGGCAUUCCAAAAAGACCAACAGAUUGUCUAUCCCAUGGUCUUCGAUGGGCGUGACGAAGGCACAAGAGUCCUCAAACUAAACGAUAAGCUCAUUUUAAACCUGCAGCCAAGCUCAAUCCUUCAUGAGGACUUUGUUCUUCGAACAUAUCGUCAUGGAGUACCGGAGCAUAUAUACUUUGAUGUAGACGCGUUAGAAGAAGGCUUGUACCACGACGAGAAACAGCUUGCGUCAGUAAUGCUUUCCGAAGACGAUGUGUCCCUGAAAGUUAAUGGUGUGGUUGGACCGAAUCUCAAAAUACGGCCAUUAGAAGAAAUGGGAAGAACAAGUGAAGGCCAUUACGCCCAUCUUUUGGAACCCAUUGAAAAGGAACAGUAUAACGUGCAAACUGUGCUUGGGGAGCGUUUACAGCCAAGCAACGUAACAUCUGAGCGCGCGGGAAGUAAGUAGCAAAUAUACGGUUCACCUAUUUCGUUUA